AUGUCUCAUUGGGAAGUGUCAAAACUUCCUUUAUCAACCACCACCAGUUUCUACUAUGCUGUCUUCAACCGCUCCAACUUUAUGACCUUCACUUUGAUGGGCAUACCUGGCUUAGAGGCACAGCACUUGUGGUUAUCUCUUCCUUUCUUCUCCAUGUUUUUGGCUAUCCUAACCAGCAAUGGCGCCAUCCUUUACAUACUGGCCAGGGAGCCCACCCUCCACACACCAAUGUACCUGCUCCUGGCUCUGCUGAUGGUGGCUGACAUUAUAUCCGCUCUAGCUCUGUUGCCUAAGCUCCUCUGCCUCUUCUGGUUCAAUGAUCGGGACAUAGCUGUUACUGCCUGUUUCACUCAGAUGUUUUUCAUCCAUGGAACAUCCGUGGUACGAUCAGCCCUACUUGUUGCAAUGGCCUUUGACCGAUAUGUGGCUGUGUGUGAGCCACUACGCUACCACACAGUUCUGAGCCAUUCCCUAGUUGGACGCCUGGGACUGAUGGCUUUAGCCAAGGGGGUGAUUCUUAUCCUGCCCAUGCCUCUUCUUCUGCAAAGGUUGACCUUCUGCCACAUGGUCAUUCCUCAUACCUACUGUGACCACAUGGCUGUGGUGAAACUGGCCUGUGAUGACACCAGGCCUACUGGGCUGUUUGUGAUUCUGCUUGUGGUGGGGCUUGAUUUAGUGCUCAUUGGCUUCUCUUAUGGUCUCAUCUUGCAGGCUGUGAUACGUCUCAAUUCUCGAGAUGCCAUCUGCAAAGCCCUUAACACCUGCUCAGCCCACCUCUUUGUCAUCCUUAUCACUUAUGUGCCCGCACUCUUCUCUUCUCUCACCCACCGCCUUGGUCACAAUAUCCCACCUCAUGCCCACAUUCUUCUUGCCAAUCUCUACCUUCUUCUACCCUCAAUGUUCAAUCCCAUCAUAUAUGGCAUGAAGACAAAGGAUAUAAAAAUCAAGGUGGCCAAAUGCCUGUGUGGAAGACAUUCAUAG